CCCCCGCCUUGCGGGAAGAGAAGCUUCCGACGAGCAGCUAGCCAUCCUUCCAGGCAGAGAACUUUCCAAAUAGCUCUCUCCCUUCGCUGGGAUCCAGCCGGUGACAAUGGCAAGGUUGCCGGCGCCGUCGCCGCCGGACGGCAGCACGCACUCCUUCAGCCACGACGCCGUCGCGCUGUACUUCUUCGUUGCGUGCGUGGCUGCCACGGUCGCGCUCGUCUCGUCCAUGUGCUCGGCGUGCGGCCGCAAGCCGAAGGCGGCCGCCGCGUCGGACCAGCCGACCAGGGUGGGAUCCGUCUCCGACGGCAGCCACGCCGACAACCAGAAGGCUGGUGCUGCAAGCGAGGAGGAGGCGGUGGUGACGCUGUCGCCGGAGCUGGCGACGCACGGGCCGAUCGCACCGGUGGCGAUGCCGUCGUCAACGUCUAAGCGGCGGCUGUCCCUGUCCAUCAGCCUGAGCAAGAACCUCAGCAUGAACAUCCCGGACAAGAUGCGGCUGUGGAGCAUGAACCGCAGCAUGAACCGCAAGGAGCACAAGGUCGAGUCGGAGGACACGCUGUGGAAGAAGGGCAUCAUCCUCGGGGAGAAGUGCAAGAUCCCCGGAGAGAGGGACGGGGAGGCUGGCGACGGCGUGGACCCCGCCGAUGAGCUCGCUGCCGGGAGCUUCCGGCGGUCCAGCUACUCCCGGCCCAUGUCGCGGUCGAGCUCGUUCGCCAUGCACCAGCAGCACGACGCCCCCGCCUUGUGCGCUUCGCAUUCUUGACGCUCCAUAUGCAUCGAUGCACGUGUGCAGGGGAUGCCGCGAGAAA